AUGUUAAUUGAAGAAAAGAAAGGAUUCAAUAUUCUACUAAUUGGUGAUUAUGGGUAUAUAUAAAUCUCUAAAUUCAUAUAUAGGGUUGGCAAAACAACGCUUAUAAAUUAAAUUAUUAAUAACGGUUUCUCUGAAUCGCAUUGUGCUACCUUAGGCAUAGAUAUUACAAAAUAGGAAAUCAAAGUUGAAAAUUCUAAGUACUAUUUAAAUGUAACAUCUCUCAAUGGUACUUUUAGUUUUUGGAUACAUCAGGAUAAGGAAAAUUCUAAAGCAUCAACUAAUCAAUAUAUAAAAGAGCGGAUUGUUGUGUUGUAGUUUAUGAUUUAACUGAUCAAUUUGGGCCAAAAUCAGUCUAGAGGUGGGUGAACAAUUUUUUAGAAUAUCGCCAAUUAGAUCCUAAAGAUAAUUUUCCUAUCAUUGUGGUAGGAACACAUUUGGAUAAUUUGGAACGGAUUGAUUCAUUAGAAAAUUAUAAAACUUUUUAGGUUUCACUAAAAGAUUAAUAUUCAGUUGAAUAAAUUUCACAAGCCAUUAUCAAUGCUACUGCACUAAAAUUUCAUUAGACAAUAAAGGAACAAGUCAAAAUCAAUCCUAUUAGUUUAAAGUUUACAAAUUCAGUUAAUACAGAAUUUGAAGGCUUAGACUAGAUAUUAUCAUCAAUUGAAGAGAGUAAAACAAAAAUGCUUGAAGAUUACAAUAAAUUAAUUGAAAAUGUCUAAGAUUGGAAAAAAAAAAUAAAUGAUAUCAAACAGGUUUAUAAUAGUCCAAGUUUUAUAGAAAAAUUUGAAUAAUCACAUUUAUCAGAGGAAUUGUUUAUUCAUUAGGAGUUAAUAAAUUUUAAUGAUAACAUUGCUUAAAUUAAUCAAAGUUAUAUAGAGUAAACUGAAAAGAAGUUGAAUGAUAUCUAUCACUUAACAAAGGACACUUCUAAUAUAAAAAUCGAAAUUAAUAACAGAAAACCAAAAUUUUGA